GGCCACGUCAAUCCAUCAUCCUCAUCCUCUCUGCUCCACUCGUCUGCUGUGCUGCUGCCGUUUCUUCCUCCUCCUCUUUCGGCCGUCCGGCGGACCAAAUCACACGGACAAUACGGCCAUUGCCACGCCACUACCUGCUCCAGGGAUGCUACGCUGCACGCGCUACUCGCUCCAGCUGCUCCAACCCCAUCCCUCCUUCCCCGGUGGCGCCACCUGCUCUUGCUCAUGCCCGUGCUCCCCGCCUUCUUCCUCCUUCGGCAACCAGCACCAGAGGCUCCAUCAGCCAGCCGCUCUGUCCCCAGCUACUUCCCGCUCCAGCACACCACUCACCCACGCGCCUGACCAUGACGAAGAUGGUCCCUCCGACGACGCCCUCCUGGCGCUCCUCCGCGCCCAUGACACCGAUGCCGCCUACAGCCUCUUCUCCUCGAAGCCGUCUCUCCUCCCUUCCUCCCCCACCACGGCGUCUCGCCUCCUCGCGCAGCUCUCCUUCAAUUCCAACGGCCCCGAUGGGUUUCCCCGCGCCGCCCGCCUCCUCCAGAGCCUCCGCGCCCGCGGUGCCCUCGACCUCCUCGACGCCAACUCCCUCUCCCUCGCGGCCGCGGCAGCCGCCCGCUGCCGUGACGCCCGUCUCGCCCAUUCCCUCCUCCUCUACAUGCUCCGCCAGGGCCUCCUCCCCGACCGACGCGCAUACACCGCCGCCGUCUCCCGCCUCACGCCGCCCACCAAGGCGCUCCGCCUCUUCGACGCCGUCCUCCGCAACCUCCGCAGCGCACCACCAGAGCUCGUCUCCCCCUCCUGCCUCCCCGACGCGGCCGCAUUCAACGCAGCCCUCAGCGCCUGCGCUGACGCGGGGGAUUGCCGCCGAUUCCGGCAGCUGUUCGACGCAAUGAGCGAAUGGAGCGCCGCCGCCGAUGCGCUCACCUACAACGUCGUCAUCAAGAUGUGCGCGCGCGCCGGCCGAAAGGACCUCGUCGCGCGCGUGCUUGAGCGCAUGCUCUUCUCCGGCCUCACCCCCUGCGCCACCACUUUCCACUCCCUCGUCGCCGCGUUCGUCGGCUUCGGUGACAUCGCCACAGCGGAGAGGAUCGUCCAGGCGAUGCGGGAAGAGCGCAAAGACAUAUGCUUACUGCUCAGGGCUGUCUCUAUGGACUGCGACGGUGUGACCGACGUCGAGGAGGGUGCCGUGCUGCUCGACGACAUUGUUGCCGGGGCCAAACAGGGACAGGGCUCGGAUGAGGUGCCGCUGCUCCCCAAGGCUUAUCCGCCCAACGCCAGGGUGUACACCACGCUCAUGAAGGGGUACACGAACGCAGGCCGCGUCGACGAUGUCCUGGCCGUGCUGCGCGCGAUGCGGCAAGAGGCGCAGACGGCACCCGCAAGCCGGCCGGACCAUGUGACUUACACGACGGUGAUAUCAGCGCUUGUUGGUGCGGGCGACAUGGCGCGCGCGCGCGCCGUGCUGAACGAGAUGGCUGCGGCCAGAGUUCCAGCCAACCGUGUCACCUACAACGUCCUGCUCAAGGGCUACUGCCAGCAGCUGCAGAUUGGCCAGGCCAGGGAGCUCUUUGAGGAGAUGGUGACGGACGCCGGCAUCCAGCCCGGCGUGGUGACGUACAACACCCUCAUGGACGGGUGCGUUCUCACGGACGACAGCGCGGGCGCGCUAGCCUUCUUCAACGAGAUGCGGUCACGGGGCAUCGCGCCGUCCACUGUGAGCUACACGACGUUGAUGAAGGCGUUCGCCGUGUCGGGGCAGCCCAAGGUAGCGCACAAGGUGUUCGAGGAGAUGGAGCGGGACCCCAGGGUGACGGUGGACAGAGCGGCGUGGAACAUGCUGGUGGAGGGGUACUGCCGGCUGGGACUAGUGGAGACAGCGAAGCAGGUUGUGGAGAGGAUGAAGGAGCGCGGCGUGCAGCCGGACGUGGCGACGUACGGCAGCAUGGCGAAGGGCAUCGCGGUGGCGCGCAAGCCAGGGGAGGCUCUUGUGCUCUGGAACGAGGUGAAGGAGCGGUGCCUGAAGGAGGCCGACGAGGAACUGCUGGGGGCGCUGGCGGACGUGUGCGUGAGGGCGGCCUUCUUCAAGAAGGCGCUGGAGAUCGUGGCGUGCAUGGAGGAGAAGGGCAUCGCUCCCAACAAGACCAAGUACAAGAAGAUGUACAUUGAGAUGCACUCCAGGAUGUUCACCAGCAAGCAUGCAUCGCAAGCGCGCCAGGACCGGCGCCGAGAGCGCAAGCGUGCCGCCGAGGCCUUCAAGUUCUGGCUUGGCCUGCCCAACUCCUACUAUGGCAGCGAGUGGCAGAUCGAGCCUCUGCUGGAUGGCGAUGACCUAAGUUGAGCCACCCACCACCGUUUCUUCUAUGAACACUGUACCCUGCUGCAUGAAGGGAUUUCUUUUUGCCACACUUAUUACAAAAGAAAAAAAUAUUGGCAAUAGGCGUAUGAAGGUUAAUUUAUAACCCAAUUUCAUGCAAUAAACAUAUUGGCAAGAGUCAUAUGAUAUUCAUCUUUUGGUGUAGCUCCAUUUAUUAGAUCUCUAAAAGCAAUGCACACUGUCAACUUCCCGGAUUUUUUCAUAACCACUACAGAAAACAGAUAAAUCUAUGUUAGCCAAACUAAUUUACGUCUGCUCAUAAGAAAACCGGUAUAGAAAAGUUAUUUUACGUCGGCUACAGAUCAACUGACAUAAAUUAUUUUUUUAUUUACGUCGUUCUCAACAUGGUCGACAUAAAUAAAAUUGUUUAUGUUGGCUACUAUAAUCGACGUAGAUUAGUUAUAAGGGAACGUAUCUGAUGCAAACCAACUCCUCCGUGCAACCAUGCAAACUUAUAAUCUGAACCACAUGAUGUUGAUCCAAAGGACGCAAGAGCGUGGAUAAUUUUAUACUUAACCGCCCGCUGCUAAUCACACUUUUUCAAAUCCCCUCCUACUCCUCCGCACGUCCCCUUGGAUCAACAUCAUAUGGUUCAGAUUAGAAGUUUACACGGUUGCACGGAAGAAUUGGUUUACACCAGAUAUGUUUCCUAGUUAUAAACCCUUUUGCUCCACUCCUACACCAAUCUGCCUUGUCAUUUUGUCGCAACUCAUCGCCGCUUGCUUGCCCUCUCCUCCACCCGCCGCCGCCCCUGAAUCGUCACCGGUUGCUCGCCCUCUCCUCCACUAGAUGCCACCCCGGCUCGCCACCGGCUGCUCACCCUCUCCUCCACCCGCCGCUACCCCUACUCGCCACCCCGCCGCUGCUUGCUCGCCCCCUCCUCCACCCGCCGCCCCCUGCUCACCACCCCGUCGUCGCUUGCUCGCCCCUUCCUCCACCCGUCGUGAUGCCAUCGUCUCACCGCCUCACCACAGUUUGCUCGCCUCCGCCCCCUGAUCGCCACCUAUCGCAGCCGAGUGGUCGUGCUCAUCGCAGCCACCACCGCUUGCUCACCCCCACCCACGUCCUCAUCCACCGGACGCAGAUUGCACGCAAGUGAAGGCAAGCAACCCUCGGACGCAAGGUGAGACUCCCCUCCUCCCCUCUCCUCUCUAUUACUCUUCCUGAUUAUUGUUGGGUUAGGCAACCCCCGUAUUCUGAUUUUACCCACUUAUUGCUUAACUUAAACAUGCGUGCUUGGAGUGAUAGGAUGGCAAAAAUGUUGCGAUUUAGGGUUCUUAUACGUGAUUCUCUGAGGUGCUUUGCAUUCACUGUGGUUGUGUAGUGGACGAAGACGUAUAGGAUUUGGAGAAUACACGGCUUGGUUGAGAUCAGCAAACAUGUUACAAUAUAUAGCCACAGACAUACCCAGUUUAUAGAAAUAGGAUCUAGGUAAUCGGGCAAUGAACCACAGGAUUGAUAUCCUGGGAUGAGUUUCUAUAUAUGCUGAUAGCCUACUAGGAAUAGUUGUCUAACCCCCCCCCCCCCCCCGGCAGUAGGAACGUCGGCUGACCGGACAUUCAUACUGGACUGAAACUCAGCAAAGACUGUAGAAGGAAGGCCCUUGGUGAAAAUAUCAGCGAACUGGGAGGAUGUCGGGACAUGUAGAACACGAACUGCGCCGGCGGCCACACGCUCACGAACAAAGUGAAGGUCAAUCUCGAUAUGUUUGGUGCGUUGAUGUUGCACCGGAUUAGUCGAGAGAUAGACAAUACUCACAUUAUCACAGUAAACAAGGGUAGCCUGUUGCAAGGGUUGUCCCAGUUCUUGAAGUAGCUGUCGUAACUAGGAAGCCUCUACCACACCUAGGGAUGAAAACAAUUUCGGAAUUUUUCGGAAUUCCGAAAACCGUUUUCGAUUUUUUCCGAUCGGAAUCGUCGGUAUCGGUUUUUCUCGGAAUCGGAAUCGGUCAUCGGAAUUUGACAUCGUAAUCGGUAUCGAAAUCGGUACAACCCUUUACCGACCGUAUUCUUCGGUUACCGUUUUGGAUCGGAAUUUACCGAAUUCAAAAUUCGGAAUUUACCGAAACUCAUGGUCCAGCCCAAAUUCUAAAAUGUAAAAAUCUAAAUUCAGAACUUAUGGCUCAUGGGCGGCCCAUGGAGCAAGCAGCCCAGCAGGCGCCGUCGGUCUCUGCCUGUCUUCCACUUCCGUCGCUCGCAGUCUCUCUCGCAGAACAGAACUAGCAGGCGGCGGCACAUAGCAAGCAGUCAAGCACCAGCCGCCACCGCCCACCGCCAGUCGCCAGUCGCCACUGCUCCAUGGCGUGCCCCCAAAUCCCGUGACGGACUGACGGCGUGACUCAUCUUCCUCCUCUCCUCUAUGUAACAAUAAGUAAUCUGUAAUCCCUAAUCCCUAAUCUAGCUUUAUGGCCAUGGAUGCACUCAUGCACGCACGGCGCACCCACUGCCGGACUGUCCGGUUUAGAUGCCGAGCCGCCAUGGAUGCCCUAAUCGCUUCAUCUCGAUUGGAUAGAAGCCGCCAUGGAUGAGUGAUGCAGGUUUAGUCGAUCUCGAUUGGAUAGAAGCGCACCAGGUAAGUCUGCCUCCGACUGCGUUGUUGCUGUCAGCCUGUCACCGCGACAGCAUUAUUAGAAAGAGUCCCAGCACAACACUCAACCAAAGCUUAAACAUCACGAAAUGGUGGCUGAAAACAACGCCUGAAAUGGCCAGACCGUUCCCAGUUCUCUGUGUUCUCCAGAGUUCAGAAAAAUCAUACUCCAUGGUCCAUGCUACAUGAGUACAUGAUGGAGCACGCCUUCAAGAAAUGGAGCUAGACAAGUCAUAGUCAUCUGGUGCCUCGCGUCGUGGAUUUGUUGGCCACAACCACAAGCCAUAGUCACCAGGUAAAAACUGUGAUCCGCUCUAAUGGCUAGUGAAGGUGAAGCUUCACCUCUACGAAAGCGUAUGUUGUUGGAGUUACCUAGUGAACAUCAAAGUCAGAACUUGACAUCCUCACCUCAUGCAAAUACAACUCAACCUUUUGGUGUGUCUGCAUCAUCAUCAACACCUGCUGCAACAUCUCAUGAACAAGGUGCAAAUCCAGAAGAAGGAAUUAAUUUGGAUGAGGAUGAUCCUUCAAAGUUGAAGCAAGCAAAGAAGUCCACUUCAAAUGUUUGGCAGUAUUUUGAAAAGUAUGAUGUUGUCGUAGAGGAGAAUGGCAAAUCUGUGAAGCAAGUUUGGGCCAAAUGCAAGUAUCUGGGAUGCAAAAACAAGACUAGCAAAGCUAGUGCUGAAAGUAGUAGAGGAACAACUGCAUUUUGGUCUCAUUUGAAAAAUUAUCAUAAGAUUGUGAAGGGGCAACAGGAGCUCAAGGCAGAAAAGGAUCAUGGCACAAGUAUAUGCAUUGUCCAGCCAUAUAAAUAUGAUGAAGAAACCAGUUUGAGAAAGUUUUAUACAACUAUUAUCAUGCAUGAGUAUCCAUUUAACAUUGCUGAGCAUGAAUACUUUGUGGAAUUCAUUAAAUCAUUGAAGCCUACCUUUCCUAUGAAGUCACGUGUCACUAUUAGGAAAGAAAUUCUGGAACUCUACUUGCAUGAAAAGGAUGUGUUGUAUAAGUAUUUCAAAACCCUCAAUUGUCGCAUGAGUGCUACUAUGGACAUGUGGACAUCAAAUCAGAAUAAAGGCUACAUGUGUGUCACAGUACAUUGGGAAGAUGAUGAUUGGGAAAUACAGAAGAGAAUUAUCAAUUUCCUCCAUGUUUCGGGUCGACAUAGUGGUGAGAAUAUGUCUCUUAUCCUCAGUUCAUGCCUAUUGAAAUGGUUUAUAGAGAAGAAAAUGUUUUCUUUAACCUUGGACAAUGCUUCUGCAAAUGAAGUUGUUGUGAAAGAGAUUAUUCUGGAGCUCAAUAAGCACAAUCCUUUAAUCUGUGAUGGAUUAUUCUUUCAUAUAUGAUGUGCCAAUCCUUGAUCCUAGAUACAAGAGGAAAAUUGUAGAAUUUUACUUGAAGAAGGUGUACCCAUAUACCUAUCAAACUGAGCUGGAUAAAUUUAAUGGUGUCAUGAAAAAGAUGUAUCAAUGCUAUGUCUCUACUACACCCUCAACAUCAUCUGUUGCACCUUACCCAACUUCAACGGGUGACACGAUUAAGUCAAGUAUUGAUGAAGAGCUUGAUAGCUACAUAUUUGAUGGACAAGGCCAUGAUGAUUCUAUUGACACAAGUGACUUAGAAAAAUAUUUGAUAGAUCCAAUAUUAAAGAUUGGUAAAAAUAAUCAGCAUACUUUUGACAUACUAGCCUGGUGGAAAGCACACAAAGAAGAAUAUCCUAUCUUGGGCCAGCUUGCUCGUGAUGUCUUAGCUAUGCAAGUGUCAACAGUAGCUUCAGAAUCUGCUUUUAGUGCGGGUGGUCGUGUACUUGAUCCAUUUCGUACUCGCCUUGACCCUACCAUGGUAGAAGCGCUUGUCUGCACCAAAGAUUGGAUAGCUGGAGCAAGAAAAGGUUCCAAGGCUAAGAGUGUUGCUAUUCCUAAUAUGGUUUGUGAAAUGGAGGAACUUGAGGCUCUUGAUAGAAAUCUUUCACUUGAGGAUGAAGACCUAGAUGAUGAUCAUGAUGAUGGACCAGAGGCAUCGUUGUAAGCUUGUUGAUGAAGACCUAGAUGAUGAUAAUGCAACAUGAAUGCUCUGAAUGUUUUCAUUGUACUUGUUGCGUAAUGCUUUGUGAUCUUGCGAACUUGGGACUUGUGGACUUGUGGUUGUGUACUUUGUGAUCUGUGUGAUGAACUUGUUAUAUUGUGAACUUGUGAUCUGUGUGAUCCACUUAUUAUAUUGUGAACUUGUGAUCAACUUGUUAUAUUGUGAACUUGUGAUCUGUGUGAUCCACUUA